AUGGCGACUCCCAUGCACAGAAUAAUAGCUAGGCGACAAGCGGAGGCAAACAAACAGCAGGUGCGUUGCCAGAAGUGUUUGGAGAUGGGCCACUGGACGUACGAAUGCACGGGGAAGAGGAAAUAUGUGCACAGACCAUCGAGGACGGUUGAGAUGAAGAAAAAAAUUAAGGACCUUGAGAAUAAACAGUUGAGCAUCACCGGACCAGGACAACAAAGCACCAAUGAGAAGAAAAAUAAGAAGGCUGAAGAAUCGAGCGGGAGCAGCAGCGAUUCAGACAUGUCCAGUGACUCAUCCUCAGAUAGCACCGACUCUUCCAGUUCAUCUUCAGACGAUGACACCAGCAGCGAUGAUGACAGCGCGUCGUCUUCCUCCUCCUCAACAUCGUCAUCUUCGGACAGCUCAGACUCUGGAAGCAAUAGCGAUUCAGAUCAGGAACCUCCAAAAAAGAAGAAGAAGAAGAAAUGA